AUGUCGUCCAGCCGUAGGAGAGGGAAUUUGUACUUGAUAGUUAUCUUGUUGAUUGCUCUACUAUCGAUGCACAUCCUCCAAGUAUUAUCCUUCUUAGGUGUAAGUAGAACUGGCACGACACAAGAGCUAAGAAUUUCUCGGAUGAAACCAUUCUCCCUUGUUCUUCUCUCCACCUUUCCUUCCACCUCUUUCUCUAAUCCAAUAAAACAUUCGUCGCCUUUCUCGCCGGCGGCAGAUUGGCAGCCAGCCGGAGCAACGUGGUAUGGCAGUCGCAAUGGCUCCGGCAGUGAUGGUGGUGCUUGUGGCUAUGGUGAUCUGGUGGGCAAGCCACCCUUUUCCUCCAUGGUGACUGCAGGAAACCCUAAUCUGUUUUUAUCAGGCAAAGGAUGCGGUGCAUGUUAUCGGGUUAAAUGUACAAAUAACUCUAUGUGUUCUGGGAAGUCAGUGGUGGUGACCAUCACUGAUGAAUGCCCCGGUGGACCGUGUUUAAAGGAGACGAUUCAUUUCGACCUAAGUGGGUUGGCAUUUGGGUCCCUUGCCGUGCCGGGCAAAGCUGAUCAGCUCAUGGGAGUUGGUGUGCUCGCUGUUGAUUAUACUCGGUAA